AAUUAUAAUGCAGCAGGGUUAGAGGGAGGAGAAGGUGAGAUUUACAUAAUAAGAACUCUACAGGUAAGUAACUUUUACUUAACGUAAGUCAUAAAUGUUUUGUUAUUGAGUAACAAUGAAAACUUAAUUUGUCUUAUUAACUUAUUAGACUUAGACUUGAUCCAGAAAUGUUGAAAUUGAAUGAGUCUAAGUCUAGUCACUAGGCCUAGUUGGCGACAUACAGAAGUUUAAGAUUAAUAUUAACAUUACAAAAUAUUACAAGCGAUGAUCAAUGACAAUGAUUAAAAUUUUAAAGUGUAAAGUCUUCUCGAGACAUUUUCAUUAAAAAUAAUUAGGCCUUCUCAAAUUGCUUGUUUCAGAUUCGGAACAAUGCUAUUUUAAAUUUAUUUAUAAUGGUCAAAAAACGAUUUAAAAAAUACUGGAUUAAAUUAUUAGACAUGUCAUGGUAACUUAGACUUAGUCUUAGUCACAAUAGUCUGUAUAGUCUACUAUAAUUCCCUAUUUAAUUUUUUGACGUUUGAGAAUCACCGUCAUUGAUUAUUAUGCCGGCUACCGGUAAGUUGGUACGGUAAAUAAAAGUAGACCUACAAUUAAGUAUGUAUUUUCAGAGUUACAGUUACUCACACUAUAUUAAUGUAUAAUAUAGAUUAUAGGGCAGGGCCUACUUCUAAGUAAAUCUAAGUCUAAGUUAUGUUAAGUUAAGGUUAGCUUUUCAGACUUUAUUUUUUAGUGUGAUUAGUUUGGCCUAGUUUUUCUUGAGCUGAAACUGAAACCAUUAGAGUCUAGCCAUUACUUACAGUUAAGAUUAUAAAAUUGUAAAAAGUUUAAAUUUUGUAAUUUAUUAAAAGAUCCAGCAGGUUACAUGAUCUGAUAUUCUAGGCAUAAAUGAUUGACCCACCUAGACCUAAAAGAAUAAUUAUACUUAAUCGAAAUGAAAUUGGCAUCAGGCUCAUCAGGAUAAUUGUUUCAUGAUUUUAAAAUGUCCUGGUUUUAGUGUUUAUUAUGUUAUCUGUUAUGUCAUAGUUAUAUGUUAUAAAUUAUUCAAUACUAAUCAUUAGCUAUAAUCCUAAGUCCAAAAGAUUAAAAGAUGUAAUCAUCACAUCACAAAGUAUAAAGCUAAAUCUCAAUUUAAGUCCAAGUCCUAUCAUCUUUGUUAAUAACAAGCAAUAAUAAUAAUAGAAAUGUAUUUAGUUAAUUUAGCAUUUCCAGUAAUUAUGGCCUCACAAAAUUGUAAAAGAAAAUUACCCUAAAAUUUACAUGUAACACUAUUUAAAGUAUUUAGUACCCGCAUUAGAUUUGUUUAUAAUAUAACCAUAGCAUUUUUUUCAAUAACUAUUUCAGCUCAGAGACGGAGAAGAACUGGUGACUUAUACUGAAGAAAUAUGCCUCUCUCACACAGUCAGAUCCUUGAAGGGUUUGAAUGUAGUGGUUCAGGUGACAUAAUAUUUAAAAGUCAUUGUCAGAAGCGUAAGAUGGAUAUGGAUCUUUGUGGAGAAAGAAAUAUUCAUGAGUUAUCAGAGUCAGGAGAUUGUAAGGUAUUGAGUUGUUGAUAGUAAAAUGAAAAUAGCUAAUCAUUUUUAUGUUUUACUAAGACUAAUGAGAUUAACCCUCGAACUGUGGCAUGCUUUUCAGAGUUUUUUGAGUGCCUUUUGAAAUUGCUUUAAAUGACAUAGAAAUAUUGAUGCAAGACACCAAUAAGUAUAUAUUUUUAGAAAGGUAAAUGGAUGGGGAUAAAGUUGGCUAUAUUGCCCACCCCGUAAAAAUUUGUUAUUCAUGGUCCUUUCCUUGGAGUGCUCAAGAAAAAAAAAUCGAAAAAAUUUCUUGCUUUCAAGUGUUCAUAACAUAAUUAAUUUUUAUAGAUACACAUAAAAUACUAAUCUAAAUGUUGUAGCCAAUUUUUUAUCUUUCAGAAAAUGUAUAGUUUGCUAAGGUUUUGAUUACAAUUAAACCUCUGAAAGCAAUUUUAGUAAUUUAAGAUAAUUUAUAUAAGAAACUGGGACCACAGCUAAAACCAAGUGCAAAAUACAAAAUCUCAGGCAAAAUAGUUAUUGACUAGUAAACAUUUUAAAAGGAACUUUGGAGCUGAUUUGGGUUGUUUAACUAUAAAAUUUAUUAUUAGUUCUGAUCUAUCAUCUGUAGCGUCUGUGACUAAAAUUCAGUCAGUCCUUGCCCAACUUCCGGGCCUGGCUCGAAGUUAACACUAGCCUCAGUAGGCCUCCUUCAGUAAUACUAAGACAAGUAUACGAUUCAGUAGUAUAGUAGAAGAAUAAUCUCAACUUAAAACUCAUCUGUUUAGGUCCGCCUAUGACCUGUGAUGCACCCUCCUUGCACUACCUCAUUUUCUGUUUCGGGUUGAUCCUGAAGUGUCAAAGUGUCCUCGUUUUAUAGCCAUUUUCAUUGUUUCUAUAGUAUAGUAGUUACUAUCCUAGUGUCUCAUUUUUAUUUACUUAGUUUACAUGUUUUUAAUAAUUGUAAAGCGCUAUAUAAAAAUGCCUAAAUAAAUAAAUAAAUAUCAUCAUGGGGAAUGUUAAAAUCAUCAUCAGUACCGGGUAUCACUUAAAUCCUCUCCUAAAACGCUUUCAAAAAUAUUUAUAUUAGUUCUUACACUGAAGGCCCAGCCAUAUCUUCAACCAUGUUAGCAUUAAAAAAAACUCAGAUUAAAAAGUACUUAUUUUUAAGUUUGAAGAAACAGCUUGACCCGGAAGAUGAUUUAAUUAUUAAUAAAAGGAAGUGGCUAUAAUCCCUGUUAAAUAUUGUAUUGGAAGUUGCUAUCGGACCGUGUUUUUAAUCGGCUGCCACAGAACAGGACGAGAAUAAAUCGGCCGAUUUCGUCGGCCGACCACAGUAAGAGAGUUAAGAAACUAUGUAACUUGAGACCUAUACCAGAGUCAACUAAUUAUGACUUUAUUUGGAUCUCCUUGCAACAGUUAAUAGUACCAAUAUAGUAUAGUAUUGUACCGGGUAUGUUGUUAUGAACUUUUGUUAUUUUUUUAAAGUUUCUGUUCUAUACCAGUAGUUGCUUACCUGUCUUUUUCCAGGCCCAGUAUGAACCGAAAGUGAGUUUUCCUAAGAGAAAAUGUCUUUGGUCAACAAAAUCAUCUCAUCAUCACAUUGAAAAUUUUGGAGAUGUAAGUCUAUUAACUACAUCUUAAGGGAGUAUAAGUCUUACCACAUCAUUCAGCUUAAGUUAAUAUAAAUUAAAUAAUAAGUUAAGGACACCCAUGUAUGGAUUAGGUAGAUAUUCACAGAUUGCAACAUGCUUAACUUACAAAAUUGAACGUAAUUUCUAAAACUUAUGAUGGCUCUGUAUUUUACCUUAAUACAAUUUUGAAAGUUUCAUUGGGCAUUUCUUUUAAAUUAAACAAAUAUUGAGAGAAAGUUGUUUGACAAAAUAAAUAUUAAGAAAACAAUUCGAUUGUGUUAUAAAAAUUUCAAUCCAAUUGAGAUGUUCAGCAUUGAAAUAUUCAAAUUAUAUCUAAACUAACUGAAAUUCUAAGUUGCAAUAGUCAAGUAGAUUUGAAAACAUUAAUUUAUGGCAUGGAAAAUUAAUAUAUAAUUUUUACAUAUAUGUUUAUAAAUAUCUUGUCAUCUUUCUUUUGGCUUCACUGACCUAUUUUUAGCAGAUAGAAACAAAAAUAAAGCAUUUUAAAAAUUUCAAAUUUAUUUAAAUUUCUCUUGAACUUUUACUCAGCUUUUAUCUCAAGUUGUCAUCUUUUCUUAGAGCCUGACAAUUAUCUUAACCUGUUUACUUUGUUUUAUUCUUUAUUUCUCUAGCAGGACACAUCACCAGGUUGCUUAAAAGACUCAUCAUUAACAUCAUCACUGUCAUCAACGUCAAAUUUUUCCUCAUCUUCAUGUCACUCAUCUGCUUCCUCGUCAUCAGCUGUACCACUGCCUCGUAACAUGGGUAGCAACAAUUUAGCUCUACAUUUUUUAUCUUGCAUACAGCACAGGGAGCAGGAAAAUACUUCUAGUUUGAACAAUAACAACCCCACAGCAGUAUCAGAGGUAAUGGAAUCAGUAGUUAACUCAGGGAUGUAGAAAUUUUAUUUUGAUUAAAUUAUUUAAUCCUAUGUUUUUAAAACUCAGUUUGUUUGUUUUACACGGUUCACUUGCAAUAUUGUAAAAAAAAGUGCCAAAUUAUGAAUUCGAUACGGUAGCGAUUUUGAUGUAAUUAGAGAUAAUUUAGUGGUUAAUUAUGUUAGCUGCAGUCAUAUAAUAAUAUAUGUAGCCAAUGCAUGGAUAUAAAGUGUUAAAAAAAUAGAACUAAAUUAUGUAAUCAACCAAUUUUAACCUACCCGGUACUACUACUAGAAGUUAUACUUCUAAUGGUGGAUGUAGUGGACAUUAGGGGUCUUAUGAAUUUAAUUUUAAUACCCAUUAUAUAAAGAAAUAUGUAGUUUAUUUAUUUAGGCAGCUCCUUUCACAAGUUCCUUAAUAUCAACUUUAUUUCAUUUUAUACAGGGCUUUGAUACACCAUGAUUAUUUGUUUUGCACAAGACUUUUUUCAAGUUAGCUUAUUGAGGAAGUCAGAUAGGCAAUAUAAAUACCGUAAUUAAUAUGUGAUGUGAUCAAAGCGAUGUGCUUAAUAAAUGAUGGGCAACAUCUAUUUUUGUUUGUUGUAGACUGUCUGGUCAUGUGAUGAUGAGUUGAUGGAAGAAGAGAAAGAUCUUAUGCAAAAUGUUGAUGAUAAUAAGAGAGUUGAUGGCUGUAACAAUAAUCAUCUGACAGACAUCCACUUGACAGGGUUACAUAGGUUUGUCUCUGAAUUUUAAAUAUAUCAGUAUUGAUAUGACAAGCCGAAAAAUAAUUUUAAAAUUUCCACUUCUACUUUUAAUAAAGAUAUUCCAUUAUUAACGUUACAAAGAAAUAGAAGUGAGAGAGGGGUCUACUUUUUAAAAAAAAAAUAGUUUUUUGGUGUUUACAAUGUUGUGGUCAAUAUAGUGGACAUAUGUUUUGGGUACCAGUAAUGUACAUUCAUACACUGUGGAGUAUAAUUUAUAAAUAUGGAAACUUGUAUACUGUAGCUUAUUUAUAAAUAAAUGAAAGGACUGCUUUCAAGCUUAGUAAAAGAAUGAAAUGGCGAAACGAGGUAUGUGGAAGCUUGAAAUAAAAUAACAGGACAAAAAACAAGGACAUUUCGGCAUAAAGCCUUCCUCAGCCAACAAUGGAAAUGAAAAUAUAAAUAUAAAUUUCCAUUGUUGGCUGAGGAAUUCUUUAUGCCGAAACGUCCUUGUUUUUUGUCCUGUUAUUUUAUUUCAAGCUUCCACAUAGGGCCUACCUCGUUUCGCCAUUUCAGCCUAUUUAUAUAAAUUAUUGGUAAACAAAAUAAGUUUAAAAUGCUUGAAAUAUUUCUGUUACAAUUUCUAUAUAGUCUGUAAAAGUUUGAACAUCAAAGUUGCUGCCAGCCCACGGUAGGAUACUUCAAUUACCAGCUGUGGAGAAGUUGACCUAAAGCUUUUAUCUUUUCUUUUACCCAGAAGCUCAGUUGAAGAUAAUGGAUCUAUGAAUACAAUGGAUUCUGAUUUUUUUCCUGAUACAACCCAGUAUGCAUCCAGUCCAAUUCCUGUAUCUGCACCUCAGGAUAUUGACUAUGGAGAUAGUGUGAGGACAUGUGCGUUUUUGUCCUGCAGGUAUUUACAAUUCAUUUCUUUUUGCUAAUAAUAUUAAAAUUCCCUUAGUCUCCUAACAGCUGUAGCUGGUUAUACCACUAUUUCACCUAUAGCUGGUCUUAUCACGAUUCAGCUGUUGUUGGUCUUAUCACUAUUUAGCUGUUGCUGAUCUUAUCACUAUUCAGUUGUUGCUGAUCUUAUCACUAUUCAUGUGUUGUUGGUCUUAUCAUUAUUCAGCUGUUGUUGGUCUUAUCAUUAUUCAGCUGUUGCUGGACUAUCAUUUCAGCUGUAGCUGUUCCUAUCACCAUUCACUGUGAUGAAAAUGAAUCACAUUUGGUGCUAACCACCUAUUGGGAAAAUCAUAAUUUUUGUUUUAUUAAGAGAUGUGGAUUUGCUUUUACUGCUAUGUCCUGUGUCACAUAGAACGAAGGCUGUACAUGAAAACAACAGGCGUAGGUACCGGACUAAGAUACAAUAGGUUAGAGAGGAGUCGACUUUGGCAUUUAAUGAUGGGUUAUAUUAUAUAGGGAAGACAUAUACUGGAAACAAGCCGGUCAAAGGUAGAUCAGGUGAUCGCUAAGGGGAAAGGGUAUAAUGAAUGAGUUAGAGCAGGCCUGCACAGCAUAAACCCGCAAGCACCCACUUUGUGGCCCCCGAAGUAACAAAAUAUUCUUUUUGAUUACCGGGUAUUAUUUUCUUAAUAGCUUCCCCCCUGCCUAUUUUCUUUCAGCCCGCACAAAUUAUUACGGCUCGCCUUACAUUUUGAGUUGUGCAGCCCUGGGUUAGAGAAAUGGGUUUUGUAGUUAAAUGAGGAAUGUCCUUGCAGACCAUGAGUAGUGUAAGUUUAAUUAAGUAUCGUCAGGGAUAAAAGAUCUGGUUUGGAAAAUAUAUUAUCUAGUAAUGUAGCGAGUCAAUAACCGUGGGAUUCAAGUGUUGGAUUGUUUGUCAUUCGCAAGUGCUAGAUAUAAGCCAGAGGUUUGGGGACAUUGAGAGAGGGCAGUCGACCAGUUUAGAUGAUUAUGUUAACCCAGAGGUUCUCAACGUUCCUAAUGCAGUGACCUUUUAAAACAGUUCCUCGUGUUGUGGUGACCCAAAACCAUACAAUUAUUUUCGUUGCUACUUCAUAAAUAUGUGUUUUCCGAUGGUCUUAAGCAACCCCUGUGUAAGGGUCGUUCGACCCCCUGACAAGUAUGAAUCCAGAGAAGGAGAUUUCCAUUGAUGAAGCCAGGGUGGCUUAUACAGGAUGUUUAAUUUUCAAACAAUGCAUUAAAAAUAUGACUUCUCCAUGGGGCAUUAAAUUGUGGUGUGCUGUUGAUCCACAUAGGGGUUAUUUGUUUAAUUUCAAUGUUUUUACUUGGAAAUCUGCUGUAAAUAUGCCCAAUGGCCUGGGAUAUCAUGUUGUCUUUACAAUGGGUGAGCCUUAUCUUGACAACCAUCACCAUUUCUUCCAUGAAAAUUAUUUAACUAGUAUCAAGCUUGCCAAGCAAUUAUUUCAGCGGGGCACAUAUGCAUGUGCGACUAUUAGACCCUCUCGCAAAGGUUAGUCAAAGGAACUAAAGAACCUGAAGCUAAAAAAAUCAGCAACUGAAUUGGAAGUGCGAUUUAGGCCAAUUGGAAACCUUGUCGCAUGUUUCUUUCAUGACAAAAGGCCAGUUCAAGUUUUGUCGACAAAUUCGCAGCCAACUUAGUCAACAACACUGCGAAACACUGCUGCUGGGUUUGUUGAUAUCCAUGUCUAAAAUUACAACAAGGGUAUGUGUGGUGUUGAUCUCCAUAACCAGUUAAGAUCCUAUUACCCUAUUGGCAGAAGUAGGAAAUGGUGGAGAUCUCCUAUGGUUUCUGCUUCAGGUUGCCACAAUCAACGCAUUCAUUGUGUACAAAAAAACAAUUCACUCAACGCCAUCCUGGCCAAAAAUCAGAGACACAUUUGGACUUUCGCCUUGAGCUAAUGCAGCAGCUCAUGGCUGGAUCAUCUGCAAGGCACUGUACUGCAAAUGACAGCCCUGCAGCCACUUGCACUACCACAGCUGACCACACAAUGCAUCGGCCAAGUAGAUUGCAUGGCAAGAAGAAACAUGCUAUGAAUGGUCAAGAGCUAAGCGAAAGACCCCUACAUAUAGACCCAUAGAAACAUCAAAUAGUGGCCUCCUGUGCAAAGUUCAUUUGUUUAAAGGACACUGCUUAGCAGCCUUUCACAAUCAUCUUAACUAAAAUAAACAUAAAUUCUUGUAAGGUAAACAAUUUUUUUCCCUUCAAUUUUGUUCCUCAUUUUUGUAAUUCUGUCAUUUAAUUUUAUCUUACACAAAUCAUUUACAUACAAAAUGAUCCAAUGAUAAUUAUUCAUAUGGAACAACCAUUUCUGAAUACAAUGCACUUUCUUUCAUGUAAUUAUGUGGCAAGAUAGAUUUGUUAUUAAUUUUUUCCUGAAACAACCUGUGCUAAGUGCAGAGUUACUUCCCUCUGGCUGGGAAUUCAGAGCAUAAAAAUUUCCAAGUGACUGGGAUUGAAUGGGUUAAGUAGAGUUAAGUUAAGAAAGUCAACCUAAAGUAUAACAUGAAGACAUACAGUUAUAGAAACAUAGAGAUAGUUGAAAAUUAUUCAGAAUUACAGGAAAGCUUUUUAUAUUAGUAGUAUUAAAUAAAUACUAUUUUAUCAUCUGGAGGUGUUGUUUUUUUGUGUGGAUUGAUUCAAGUCUACGUUGAGCUUUUGUCUGCCUCAAUGCAAAGAUACCCAAAAUAUAAAUCACAGAGAGGAGUGGUCCUGUCCUAACACGACUGAGUCAAAAUAGCUUAUAUUAUAAGUCAGGACCGGAGCCCUCCUCCGUAACAUCCAUUCUGCGUCAUCCUGAAGAGCAUAAAUUAAAAAGUAUUUGUGGUUAUGUUUAUUGAUCAGCUUAAAAUCAUACUUAUACCAUGUUUAAUUGUUUUUUUAAAAUGUCUUCUUUAAGUGGCCUAAAACCUAGUCCAGUCUCAGGCAGAUUACACUGUCACUGCUCUGCGUCCUGGCGAGGAAUGUAUGGAAUAGACAAUGGCUACAUCACUGACUAUUAUUAAUUAUGUGAUACCUGGUACUCAAACAUGUCUGCAGUAGAUCAUUAAUUUUUUCUUUGUUACAGUGUCAAUAUUUUACUACCAAUUCAGUGCUAGAUUUACUGUAAUUUUAAGCUAAGUUUUAAAUGCAUUGCCUAACUUUGCUUACCACAUCUGAUACUGAUAUAUAUUUCUAUAUUUAAAAAUUUAAAUCAUUUCUUUUGUCAGUUUUUGGACUGCUAUAAAAAAAAACUUUUGGUUUUAGGAUUAAUAAUCUGAUGGAAGAUUUCAAAUAUUUUUUUCUUAUUUAUGAUCUUUAGAAAAACUCCACACUUCUUAAACCAUUAGCCACCUGUCUUUCUACUACUAACUACAUAUGCAUUAGACUGUAAAAAAUAUGAAGUUUAUUUUGCCACUAAUAAUUCAUUAUUAGCUAGUGAAAUCACAACAAGAUUAAAUUCCAUUGAUUUAAAUUUAGGUGUUAAUUUUUAUAUAACUAUAAAUUUUCCGAUUAGCUUUUAAGUGUUGUAUAUAAGCGUUGAAAACUUGUACGUUUAUGUUUUAUAUGAAUAUUUUAAAGAUUAGAAUACCCUUUUGGGUCUUUGUUUCAUCAAAAAAAAAUUCAGGGUAAAUUGGUUACAAUAUACAAAAAAAUAAAAUCAAUUGUUAUUAAAAGUAAAUUAUAAUAGUAGUAGGACUAGUGGCUAGCUAAUAUGAAUAAUUAAUAUCACUUUUGAUCCAUUAAAAAAAAAUGUAUCCUAUUAAGGCAGUGGUUCUCAACUUUCCUAAUGCCACGACCCUUUAAAUACAGUUCCUCAUGUCGUGGCGACCCCCAACCACACAAUUAUUUUGUUGAUACUUUAUAACUGUAAGUUUUCAGAUGGUCUUAGGCGACCCCUGGGAAAGGGCCGUGCGACACAGGUUGAGAACCAUUGUAUUAAGGGAUUUGAAGGGAAUAUUUUAAGAUAUGUAUACACAACAGAUUUCUGAAAUACUUAAUUUUUAUAGAGCUUAGCUACUUAGAUUUGGUUGUUUUGAGUUGAUCUUACUCACAUUUAUGUUAUUACCAUGUUAUUUUAAAGUAACCUUACAAUAGUUACUGUAAAAUAUAUUGUUGUUUGAAAUUAACUUAGAAUUUGGUUGGUUUCAGUUUUAAAUGUAAAUUUUGUAAACAAAGCCUAUGCAACGUCGUCGUAUAAAGACUGGGUAACAUUGGAUGCAAUCAUAUGCAUCAUGGUGUAUAAAGAAUUUUAAAAAUAUCCUAGCAGAAGUAUUUUGUACCAGCAAAAAAUGUUAAGAGACAGUCUCUUACACUUACAGUGGGAAGUUGCAGAUCUGUAAUCAUAAAAUUUUAAUAAUUCCUUGCCCCAUGUUGCAUAAGUGACUCAUGUAAGAUGGAAGUAUUGAUUAUGAAAACAUCACACUUCAUUAGUGAUCUUUUUAAUAUUUUUCGUAAUAUUUUGAAGAACAAACAAUCAAAUUUUUCAUAAAGGAGAUGGAAUUAGGAGAACUUGUCCCGUAUUGAGACCCAUCAUUAUUUCCUUGUACCGGUACCAUUUUUGUUGAUGAGACCUGAAGUGCUCUUGUCUCAAUUUGUUUACUUAUUAUACUUUACUAACUUAUAAAUAAUAUUUAUUUUACUUUAUUGUUAAGUUUAUAGUGUAAAUUUAUUUAUAGUCAGUCAUUAACAUUUCCUCAUUCCACUGUCUGAUUGUAACAUUUUAAUGUAAACAUCGAUAUUUGCAGAGAGUAAACAGUAUAAGGAUAAAGUAAUUCACUAGUUUCCUUUUUUUUUUACUUGGUGACAACUCAUACAAUAUCCUGGUGCAAUCCAUAAGCAUUUUUGAAACAAAUAGAUCUGAACACACAAGAAGUUUCACGAUAUUUACUAGUAUUCACUUUUCUUUUCUGUUUGUAAUUUUUUUAAAUUUAUAAAAAUUCAUACAUUUUCUAAUGUUCAAUUAAUUUUAGUGACAUACCCUGAAAUCAUAUUUAUUUGACAAAGAAAGACAGAAUUUUAAUCACGUAUACAGUUAAACAUAUGAGCUGAUCACCAAAUUUCAGCGCUCUGUUAAUUGAGACAGAUAUUCCAAGUUAAAUAUAGCUUCACAAAACAAAUAAGUCCUCUAAUCAUGCUUUUUUUAAAAAUGAAAUAUUUGAAAAACCAAAGAUUCAUUUGAACACAUUUAUUUUACAAGUAAUUAGUUAUAACAGAAAGAGUAACAUUUUCAUACAAAAUGUUAUUGUACAAGGUGAAUGCUCCUGUCUGAUUCGUUACCUACCACAAAUGACCAAGAAGAAGUGUUAAAAUUUUUAAAUAAUUGUCUUAUUUACAAUAUGUUUAUCUUCUAUAAUUGUAAUACCAACUUCCACCUUUAAAAUACCCAUGUCCUUCCAAAAGUUAAAUUAAAUUUAUACAAAUCAAAUCCGGAAGAUCUACAAAUAAAGCUGUUAAGUUAUCUAGUAAACUAUGUUAAUCUUUGCUAAAAAUAUUGCUGACUACAAUGAGUUUUAUGCUGAAGCAAGUUGUUUGUUCACAACUGUAAUGAGUUUAUUCAUGUAUAUUGACCUGUUCAUUAAUGAUGAUCCAUUUAGUACAUUAUUCUAAUAUUUUACAAGUUUUUUUGGUCACUAUUUGCAUAUCAUAAAGUGAGUCAUUUAAAACUCUUAAAAUUGAUGCACAAAAUCUUCUCCAUGGAAGCUAUUGCUUCUGUAGUUGAUCAAAUGAUUGACUUAACCACUACACUACUAGAAGAAAUGACAACUGCCAAUAGUUCUUAGAUCUCAUGGCUUGAGGCUUUGAUUUUAAUCAUCAAAAUAUUAUAUUCCAUAUACAAUAAAAUUUUAUUGAUGCUUUUACUUUAACUUUAAAAGAAAAUCAUUGUAUUUCAACCUUGUUUGGCAGCCUUUUUUUUUUGUAUACUUACUUAGAC